AUGAACUUUAUUUCACCCAUUGCUCUUAGUAGAUCAAGAACCCCUAAAAGAGGCCAGUCACCUAGGUCCAAGUCACCCUCUGGUUUUGACAGAAAGUCUGGAGUUUGGAGGUCAAGAUCCCACAGCAGAGAUAAGGAAAGGCUAAAGAGGUCAAGGUCAAAUAGUAGAGACAGGUCAAGGUCAAAAAGGUCUAGAUCACACAGCAGGGAUAGAGACCGGUCAAAGAGAAGCAGAGAUGAUGGGAGGGGUCAUAACACUGAUAGGCGCCAUAGGAGAAGCAGUGAAAGACAACACAAAGAUGAUGAGAAACUGAGGAGAGAUGGUCGUGAUUGGGAGAGACGUCAUAGUCGGAGAUCAAGAUCUUUAUCCAGAGAAAGGCGCAGGCGCUCGCGAAGUCCAGAUGACUUGCGACUGACCAUUGAUAAAGCCAGACUGAGACAAAUUGCAAU